GCGAGCUACUGCUACUGCUAGAUGGCUCCACCGUGGGCUCUCAUCCUUCCUGCGGUCCUGCCGAGACGGAGACCGGCCGGUCGGGGCGCGGGAACACCUCGCUUUCCGGCCGUGAUCCGACCACUCACCCUCCCCGGCCACUUAACCCAUUUAUAAACCAAGCGAGCAGCCACUAGCUGGCUUCAAACCGCAUCAACGGCACGCGCAACCGCCCCGGGAACCAAGCGCGAACAAAGCUCCACGGAUUCGCGGCCGCAGCAGCUAGCUCGCGGCGGAGGGAGAAGGAUUUGGAUUUCUGUCAACGGAGGAGCUGUAAGUUCUGCUCCGUGCAGGGUUCGAUUUCGAUCCUGUCCAUGGCCGCCGCCGGCGCGGGCGGUGGUCUCGGGGCGACGGCCGGCGCCGCCGCGGCGGCGGGGACGGCGACGGAGACGGCCAUCGAGGACCUCCCCGCGGACGUCCUGGCGCUCGUGCUCCGCCGCCUCGACGGCGCGUCGCUGGCCGCCGUCGGGUGCGCGUGCUCCGGUUUCCGCGCCCUCGCCGCCGACCCGGCCACCUGGCGCGCGCUCUGCCUCGCCAUGUGGCCGUCCAUCCGCGACGUCCCGUCGUUGCGCGGCGGCGGGCACCGGGCGCUCUUCGCCGACGCCUUCCCGUUCCCGGCCGCGUCCGUCCCCCCGGGAGCGCCGCCGCCGCGGGCCCUGCCGGCGCGCCUCGUCUCGGCCGUGGACCUCCACCACGGCGGCGCCUGCAUCCUGUCCCGCGUCGUGGAGACGGACGCCGCCUCGGGCUGGUUCCUCGGCUCCCCGUUCCGCGUCGACGCGCUCGUGCAGGAGGGCUUCUCGGCGCCGACGCCCGUCGCGCCCGCCGACCUGGCGCUCAGCUGGAUCCUCGUCGACCCGGCCACCGGCCGCGCCCUGAACGCGUCCAGCCGCUGCCCCGUCUCCGUCGACCGCAAGUGGCUCACGGGGGACGCCGUGGCGCGGUUCGCCGUCGCGCUCGGCGGCGGCGUGGCCCUGGAGGCCGCCGUCGUCUGCGACGAGCGCUACGGCCACGUCCGGGAGGUGAGCCUGUGCGCGGAGGACGGCGACGGCGGCUCGGUCAGCGGCCGGGACGCGCUGGCAGCGGUCGCCGCGGCCAUGGCGGGCGCCCGGCGGGGCCACCGCGGCGCGGAGGGCGAGGCGAGGCUGCGGUACGAGGAGUUCGUCAGGGGGAAGCGGGCGCGCAAUGAGUGGAAGGCCAGGCGGGAGGGCAUGCUCGACCUCUGCUGCUCUGGCGUCGGCGCGGCGGCGUUCCUCGGCUUCCUCGUCAUGCUCACGCUCCGGUGACACGUCCGCCGCGCCCGGGGGAGCCGCCUCAUGGCGUUGACUUGUACAGGGGAUGUAAAUACGACUGUGCUGUUGGUAUUUUUAUUUUUUUAACGAAAUUGUGCUGUAGGUUAUACGGUCGGUUGUCAACAGUGAAAUGUACAGCUGAAAGUUGCCAUCAGAUAGUGGUAUCCUUUUGCCGCUAUUAAUUUUGCAGAAAGCAAAGUUUAAGAAAAGGAAACUUGGUAGUACAUUAUAUUUCUCAGAAAGAAAAGUUUGCUUUCUGAGGUGAUUUGGGUUGCAAACUAA